AGAGCCAGGUGGGAGUGGUUAGUGGUUGAGUAUAGCGUGACAGCUCCUCGCCCACCUGACAUUACUUACUCACUGAGUCCACAUUGACGGCGGCUGUGAGAAGCUAGCGGCAUCUUUAAAGCCAGUUUAAAAUCUCUUCUCCCUUCCUAGGAAUUCCUACUACGAAGCCAAAAUGCGUGAAUGUAUCUCAGUCCACGUAGGCCAGGCUGGUGUCCAGAUGGGAAACACCUGCUGGGAGCUGUACUGUCUUGAACACGGCAUCCAGCCGGACGGUCAGAUGCCCAGUGAAAAGGCUCCAGGAACCAAGGACGACUCCUUCACCACCUUCUUCAGCGAGACUGGAGCUGGAAAAUACGUCCCUAGAGCCAUCUUUGUUGACCUGGAACCAACUGUCAUCGAUGAAGUUCGCACAGGAACAUACCGUCAACUCUUUCACCCUGAGCAGCUGAUUUCAGGAAAAGAAGAUGCAGCCAACAACUACGCCCGAGGACACUACACCAUCGGCAAAGAGAUCAUUGACUCUGUCCUGGACAGAAUCCGCAAACUGGCUGAUCAGUGCACAGGCCUCCAGGGGUUCCUGGUCUUCCACUCCUUUGGUGGAGGCACCGGCUCAGGUUUCACCUCUCUGCUGAUGGAGAGGCUCUCUGUUGACUUUGGUAAAAAGUCCAAGCUUGAGUUUGCCAUCUACCCAGCCCCCCAGGUCUCCACAGCUGUGGUGGAGCCAUACAACUCCAUCCUUACCACCCACACCACCCUGGAGCACUCCGACUGUGCCUUCAUGGUGGACAAUGAGGCCAUCUACGACAUCUGCCGCAGGAACCUGGACAUUGAACGCCCAUCAUACACCAACCUGAACAGGCUCAUCAGCCAGAUUGUGUCUUCAAUCACAGCCUCCCUUCGCUUUGAUGGAGCCCUGAAUGUUGACCUGACAGAGUUCCAGACCAACUUGGUGCCAUACCCUCGUAUCCACUUCCCUCUGGCCACCUACGCCCCGGUCAUCUCUGCAGAGAAAGCCUACCAUGAGCAGCUGUCUGUAGCUGAGAUCACAAACGCCUGCUUCGAGCCAGCCAAUCAGAUGGUGAAGUGUGAUCCUCGUCAUGGUAAAUACAUGGCCUGCUGUCUGCUGUAUCGUGGUGAUGUGGUGCCAAAAGAUGUCAAUGUAGCCAUUGCUGCCAUCAAGACCAAACGCAGCAUCCAGUUUGUGGACUGGUGUCCUACUGGCUUCAAGGUGGGCAUCAACUACCAGCCUCCAACUGUGGUUCCUGGAGGAGACCUGGCCAAGGUGCAGAGGGCUGUGUGCAUGCUGAGCAACACCACAGCCAUCGCUGAGGCCUGGGCCCGCCUUGACCACAAGUUUGACCUAAUGUAUGCCAAGAGAGCCUUUGUCCACUGGUAUGUUGGGGAGGGAAUGGAGGAAGGAGAGUUCUCAGAGGCCAGAGAAGACAUGGCUGCCUUGGAGAAGGAUUAUGAAGAGGUUGGGCUCGACUCUUUUGAGGAAGAAGAGGAAGGGGAGGAAUAUUAGGAGGCUUAGCUGUAAUUUGAAACCUGUUUUCACAGAUGUAAGGAUCUAUUUAUGUUACAAAUAAUGCUGAAGUAAUAAAACAUAUUUUGCAGUUUGGCUUCAAUGCUAUAAAAUGUGUUUUUAUUUUCCUUUUUAAAUGAAAACCUGUUUAGUGGGCAUAGUCCAUGUGCCUUCAGAAUCAUUGUUUGUGACAGUUGUAACAGUUCAUUAAUUUGCGUUAUUAAACCAUGAAAUAUUGCAUAACAACUUAAUUUUUCCAAGUCCAAAACAUGUUGUUGCUUAAUAAAACUUUCUCCCAAAUAA